CAUGAUGGAAAGGUUCCGCGGGAAACAUGCGUCGCUUCCUCCGCUGCUAACGCGGAUGCAGUGGUUAGAAACCCGGCGCCGCGGCGGACCUGGAGCUCGGAGCUAGGCUCGAGUCUCCGCUGCGGUUCUCGCUCCGGUCUCCGUGGACUUCGUGGACUCCGCCGCGUGCAGAUGCUUUCGCUCACUUCUCGUGCGGUGGAGGGGGCGCCUCGCGUGAGCCGAGUACAGCUGCGAGCUAACAGGCAAACCACCGAGAUUCUGCUGCGUUUCCGAGCGGCGCCGAGGCUCCCCGGGCGGGGUGCUGGCGCCGAGGCUCGGUGGUUCAGAGAAAACCAGCCUGGAUGGGGUUAGUCAGUGCCGGUUACAUUCGGUUAAAGGCCGCUGCUAGGAGCUCGAAUUGAAACAACUCUCAUUGUAACCUUCAGAGUUAAAUAGUUGGAUUUCGUUGACACUAAUGGCGCAUUAGACCAGACUCCAUGUUCAAAACCUUAACUGAUAUUUUGCUGGAUGUAAACCCAGACUUCGUGUUGGAUUCGGGUCGAAAAAAUGCUGAAACGUGUUUCCAGGUGUUUCGGAUCAGUUCGGCCCAGUUUUAUUCCACCAUGAGCAGUUUGUCUUAGUUUUUGAAUCUUUUCAUGCUGCAGCAGCCCAAUCUCCGGAGAACAGUUGGAUUGUGGCGGAUUUUAACUCAGAUAAACCGAGUUCAGGGAAACCUGGGACCGUUUGUUUCCAGACACCCAGAUGGUGUUUCCUGGCUGCGGGUUGCUUGUCUCUCCUCUAACCGCCUCAGAGCUGCAGGUGGUCGGUGUCCGAGCGGGAGGGAGCGGCGGUCAGGGCGCUGGAUGGAUGGAGGAAACAAGGUGAGGGAGCUGGUGGUGGACAGCUGCCGCUCGGCGGACGGGGAGGUGGAGGGCGUGACAGAGGAGUUCUCGGCGCUGGAGGUCCUCAGCAUGGUGAACGUCGGCCUCGGCUCGCUGGCCAAGCUGCCGGCGCUGCCCAAGCUCAGGAAGCUGGAGGUGAGCGACAACUCCAUCUCUGGAGGUCUGGACGCGCUGGCGGAGAAAUGCCCCAACCUGAGCUACCUGAACCUGAGCGGCAACCACAUCAAGGAGCUGAGCAGCCUGCAGCCGCUGCAGAACCUGAAGAACCUGAAAAGUUUGGACCUGUACAGCUGCGGCGUGACGGCGGCCGAUGGUUACCGCGACGCCGUGUUCCGCCUGCUGCCGCAGGUUGUCUACCUGGACGGCUUCGACCCGGAUGACAACGAGGUGCCCGAGUCCAACGAUGAGGAUGAUGAAGCCGGGCCGCCUGGAGACGAGGACGAGGAGGAUGAGGAGGAGGACGAGGAGGAAGGUUCUGAGGUGGGGCUGUCCUACCUGAUGAAGGAGGGAAUCCAGGACGAGGAAGAUGAUGGAGACUAUGUGGAGGAAGAGGAAGAUGAUGAGGAGGAGGAAGAUGGAGAGGAUGAUGAUGCUCCGGCUCAGGGCGAGAAGAGGAAGAGGGACGCAGACGAUGAAGGUGAUGAUGACGAUGACGAGUAGAGGACAUACCUGGCCCCGCCCCUUACCCGCUCACCCCUCCCCCUGCUGGGCGUGGCCUCAGAGACGUAGAUGAGCAGGAAGCCCUGUUACCAUGGUAACCAGACGGGAAGCUGUCUGGAUGAUGAUGAUGAUGAAGAUCCUCCAGUUUUAAUCAUGAACAGAACCAGAACCAUCACAGGUUUCGGACCCGGUCCUGGUUCUGAUCUGGGUCAGAACCAGGACCAGUUCUGCUCCAGUGGCCCGGUUCUGUCAGCCUGACCUUCCAGUGGGAGACUCCAUUACCCAUGAUGCUCAGCGCCUCCUGCAGUGCUGCGCUCUGAUUGGACGCCUCUCUGGGACUCUAUUGGACUGUUCCUGUUGGCCCCGCCCCCAGCCCCGCCCCUCCCCGUGUAAAUAGACGUGGCGGUCCUGUAGGUUCUGGUGUCGUCUCAACUUCUCUGACCCGAUUUUAUUUUUUUAUUCCUGUCUUGAGCUGAUGGUGGCGCUGUAACCGCAGAGAGUUUUGGAAUAAAACCACUGAAACCAGA